AUGUUGAAAACCAUUUCUAUCCUCUUCAUCGUCGCCACUGCCGUCUCGGCAAAGACUUUCAUUCUCAGAGUUGAAGGUGUAUUACUUUGUGAUAGCAAGAACUACACAGAACCAGCUGAAGUUCUCUUGUACGACAGGGAUAGUAAGUCAUUUUUGUUUUUUUUUUAAAUGAGUAUUAUAGGAAGAGGACAUCACUAUGGAAGGUCAGAAAAAGCUAGUGUAAGGUAGGGUAAGUUGAAGUACAGUAUAGUAUGGCAAUGUAGGAUACAAUAGAGUAUGGCAAGACAGCUUAUGAUAGAUUAGGAUAGAGUACAGUGCAGUAGUAGGGUAAGGAAGAGAAGAGUAAGUUAGGUCAGCGUACGGUAGGGUACAGUAGUAUAGAAUAGAGUAGAGUACGGUAGAGUAAAGUAGUAGGGUAGAGUAGGAUAGGGUAGGGUAGGGUAGGGUAAGGUAAAAUAGGAUACGGUAGUUGUUUAUCAAAAAUUGUUUUUUUAGUGAUAACACAGGACGAUGAGCUGAACAAUGUCACCGCUUCCGAAAAAGACAAAGGCGUCUUCAAAAUCGACGGUGAAGAAUCAGGAUUCAGAAGAUUCGACCCUUAUUUGUCAGUUACCCACAAUUGCAGUAAGUCAACAAAGACAGUAUCUAACAAGGAAAGUACCCUACCUGCCCCGCUCAGAAUCAGCUCAAAAUUUUUAUAUGAAUUCUUUGUACCAUCAAUAGUACCCAUAAAAAAUUUUAGUUUGCGCUUUUGAGUUUUAAAUUUAAAUUAUUUGAGUUCCCCGCCAAUUUUGCAAAUUUAGCAUUGUGUUUCAAGCACUUUUUUUCAGCUUUCCAGACAAGAUACGCUUACAAAUUUAAAAAUGUAGGUUCAUUUAAAGGUAUUCUACUAGUAUAUCAAAAAAAUUAUUAAAAAUCAAAAAUGACAAUAUUAUUAGCUUGAAACACAAUGCCAACUUGGCGCGAAAUUCAAAAUAUCAUUUUUUAAUCUCGAUUUUCUCGAGAUUUCCUGGAAAGCGCAAUUUAGUACUUUGUUGAAGAUUUUAUAUUUGCAUGAUCUUUCUAUAUAAAAAGUUUGAAGUCAAUCAGAGCGGGGCAGGUCGGGCACUUUCCUUGUAAGUCUUCGUUUUACAGUAUUUAAUGUACUAAAAAAAGAAAAGACGCAAAAUAAAAUAUUUUGUUGCCAUACUGAUACCAAUAGCAAAAAGAGGUAAUAUUACUUGAGUUUAGAGAGCAAAGACAACAUAACCACCGAAUUCGACCUUGGCAAAAAGUUUGUCGUGCCAAAGGACAAAGAGGAACAGAUUCAACAUGUUAAGCUGGAAUUGUCCACAGGUAAUUUGGAAACACAUUGCUAAGGUUAUAGCCGGCUGUUAAAAGGUUGACGAGUUCAUUAGGCUUAACCAAAAGUAACGGGACACUUUUCAUUUAUUUUUCAAUCAAAAAUCGUCCCGCUACUUUUGGCUUAACCUAUUAUUAGGAUGUUCACUUAAUUCUGCGCCCCGUGCUCCACAAAUUGGCUUUGAGAAGAGGCCCAGAACUAUGUGAACAACCUAAUAUAAAAAGCGAAAACGUGUAUUUUCAGGCAAACUGGUCUAA